AUGUCAGCGGUCCUGUCGCCAAACACAAAACGCCGGCUUCUGGACUCAGGGGCCAACGGCGUCACGCAGCCGAUCCCCAAAAAGUCGCUCCAGAUCCGCACCAACAAGCCCCGCCCCCACUUGUGUGCCAUUUGCACCCGUGGCUUUGCCCGCCUAGAGCACCUCAAGCGGCACGAGCGGGCGCACACCAACGAGAAGCCAUACCAAUGUGCGGCCUGCGGCCGCUGUUUUGCCCGCCGAGACUUGGUGCUCCGCCACCAGCAAAAACUCCAUCUGAGCAUCUUCCAGGUGGCCCGCCGUGGGCUGUUGCCCGCCACGUUGGGCGGGGCGUCCGAGCCGGACGCGGCCACAACGGCCAAAGUGGCCCAGGAAAACGUGAUCGUGCUCCGCAACAACACCCGGGCCAAGGCGCCGCUUCCGGACCUGCUGGCCUUUCCAGGCGCGGGCCUGGCGCCCGCGUAUCUGGAUCUGGGCGAGUCGUCUCCGUCGCAGGAGUCGCCACAAACAAACUCCCUAUCCACGGGCCACCCGCUGGCCGAGAAUGCCGGCUUUGUAGGCGAUGAUUUUGGCGGCGCUUUGCUGCAGCCCCAGCCACACUUGAAGGGCAACAGCCUUAUACCGUCCCCGAACACGAACUCCUACCACAACACGCCGACAAACUCGGGGGCACACCAGAUCGACGGGUCCAGUUUUCUGGACCUCGAUUUGCUCCAGAGCCACAACAUGGGUGCCCCGAACUACACCCAGCAGCCCUCGCCGCUAACAGGAGACUCUCCCGAUUUGAAAGACAAGCAGAAGCUUGGUGCCCUGGGCCACGUGCAUGCGGGUGCCCCGCACGGCUCCCAAGGAGGCAACCCCGCGGCGAACCCGCGUCACUCGUCCUUCUCGGCGGUAUCGGGCCUUUCCUAUACAAACCUCCAGGACGCGCUUGCCAUUCGGAACAACCAGAUCAUCCAUACCCCAGAGCAUGUGGGGUUCAACACACCGCAAUUCACAUCGACCGACCUCGACUAUGCCGACAUGCAUGUCCCAGACUUGCACGGGGCCAACAUGGACUGGUGUGAUAUCAACUACCAUGAUCCGGGCCGGGGCAAGCAGAAAGCUGGCUUCAAGAUGAGCCUCAACACUAUCCCAUCAGAGACUCAGCUCGCGAACACCUUUCUUGGGGAAAACGCUCUGAACCACAUCAUUGCAAACCACCAGUUUCAAAACCCAGAACACCCACAUCAUAUUCCGGGAACCUCCCCUAUGGAGUUUGGGUUCCCACUUGCAGACGACCCUCUUCAAACUAACGAUUUCUCCAAAAUACAGUACGGAUCUGGCUUCACCCAGCUUUCACAAGACCUUUUGUACUUGCAAGAGCACGAGGCGACCAAACCGCUGGCCCAACCCAGCCCUGCCAAAAAACCUGCACGAGUGCAGACUCCAACUGAAAACCAUCGCAAACUUGGGUUCGUCAAUGAAAUUGAUGAUCUCAGCUGGCUCGAGCAGUUCAAAGGUAUCCCGUUGCCCAACAAUCUUCCCCUUGCAUCUACCGAUACAGGAUUUGUGGGUAUGCCGUUUGUGAAUGAUGAGUUCCAAGGCGACGAAGUGUUUUCUCUCUUCAAAUUCAAGCAGGACGACCUUGCACGCCAGAGAAGUAUGGUGAACCUUGAUGCAGCUAAGUCCAUGUCUGCCAACGAGUCAAGACCUUCUGCCGUGGGGGCAAAACGCCCUUCCCGUGCCAUGUUUACGAUUGGUGACCCGAAGGAGUUUAUCUCGGAUGAAUUGAGGGCGAAAAUAAUACAUGCGAGUCACGUUGACGAAGACCAUUUCCCGCCCAAGGAAGAUUUGAACGCCUAUAUGAACCUUUACGGCGAGGAAUUCAACAAGUAUUUCCUGUUCAUUCAUUUGCCGACCUUGAAAAAUCCAAUGGUGGACAACUUCGAAAAUAUUCCGAUGAUUUUGGCCAUGUGUGCGAUAGGAGCUCUCUAUUCGUAUCAUGACUCCAACACGCUUCUUCUAUUCAAUUUGUCAAAAUUCCACAUUCACAAGUUUUUUGAGAAUGAGGUCACGCCAAAUAAAUUACAGUUGAAGAAAGUGCCAAUCAUGGCUCAUCAGUGUCUCGUCCUCCACAUCUUCAUCUCAAUGUUUUUGAACGAGCCAGACAUGGUCGAAAUAACAUCGCGACAGAUGAAGUCCAUGGUUGGUCUCAUCAAGUCUACUAAUUUUCAAGGGCCUCUCGAGCAGUUUUUGAUUCCGCCCCCGGCCAUAUCAAACCCCAACGACCAGAGCAAUUUGCAAAACAAUUUCGGCUACUUUAUCAUGGCACAGACAAGAAUCCGGACAAUUCUUACUUUCUAUCAGUUGGAUGUCAUUCGCAGCAUCUUGCUUGGCAAUCCAUUGGCAAUGAGUGGAUCCGAAAUUCGAAGUGGACUUCAUUGUAACAAUGAAGAAUUGUGGAGAGCCGGAGACUCUGCCGAAUGGUUUGCAAAGUUUGCAGAGUACAAGGACAAGAGUAUUGUUGAAGUAAGCAACAACCAAAACUUGCAAGAGCUUGCGGAACAGUUGAACGGUGCACAAGUUGUGACUGAGAGAAGUACUUUUCACAAGGCAUUGGCCCUUCUUAUGUACGUUCACGAGCAGAUACUGACAAGCUACACAAGCUGUGGCGGAAACUUUGACCCGUAUUUGUGGCGUGUUGACUUUCGUCCGAGACUAGAGUACUUGAUAAAUUCUUGGGAGGAGUACUUUGUGCGAAACGGUGGUUCAGCAAUCGUCAACAAUCAGAACGAGAUGGAUUUCAACAGCAGCGCCGAGCUUAAGUUGAUCUUACCUUUGCUGUUGCUUGCCAAAAUUCGUCUCAGCGUGAACUUCUCUCCUCUCACGGCUACAGUUCUUCAUAGGGACUGG